GUAUUUUUGAUGGUUGCGUUACUUUAUCUGUCAGAUGGAGGCCGUCAAGGUCAGGCGACCAAAAUUAAAGACUGCUGAAAUAAUCGCUCGUUUGGAAUCAAUUGAUGUGCCUGAUGACCCUCUUCCAGUUGAGUGUGAGACGUCUGUAAAUAUUGAAGAAAUUGUUCCCCAACCUGAAGCUGUUACAGAAACUAAUGAUGAUCCUAUCCUCUCAUGUGAAACUGCCUCAGAAACCGCAAAAGAUGUGCCUACUUACCCCGUAUUGCAGGAACUUUUUCCUAAUGACCAUCUGGAACAAACACAGUCAGUUAACUCUGAUAUCAAUUUUCCAGUUGCAGAAGAAACCAGUGAGCAGCAAGUAGAGGCUUCUGCACCUGACUUCAUUGAGGAUGUGACUGAAAGGGACAAUUCACUUUUUGAUGCUUUUCCUGCCCCACUCAGCUCAGAACACCUUAGGAACUUGUAUAUUAAUCGUUCUGUGGAUAAGCUAAACGACAUUGAACAGAAUUUUUUGGUGGAGUCUGAGUUUGAAUUAGUUUUAGUUUCUCAUUCGAGUGAAUCUAGUCUUCCUGAAGAUCCGUUCCAUCUGCUUAUAUGCAAUUACGCGGAUAAUUGGGCGAAGUGGUGGCAAUCGAUAAAACGUCUAGAAAAAGUCCUGAAGGAGUCUUUGGAAAUGGAACAGUCGGCGUGGGUAGUAACAAAAGUCAAGCAAAGUGCUGAGGGUAAAUGUCAUGACAAGAAAACAGUUUAUCUUAAAUACGAGUAUGAAAAUGCUGAACUCAGUCAAUCUGUGCUUAGUGAAUUAACUGAAAUGAACGAAGUCUCUCGUUGGAUUAUUUUUGAAGAGGUUCCUCUAAUUGCAUACAAAUUGAUUUUGUGCAGAAAUCGUAUUGAAGAAUACUUAGCAAACAUUUUAACACAAUGUUCAAUUUACGAGAAUUUAACUCCAUCACAACCAGGAAUAUUAAUUUGUUCAAAAGUUGAUUCUACGCAUUUAGUUCAAUUAAAAGAGUUACGUUCAACAUGUUCAAUUCUUUUUGCUUGUUUACGUCAAUUUUGGUCAAAUCAAUACGGUGGUCGUACACACGAUCCAACCUUUCUUAAACAUGUAUCUAACUGGUUAAUUUUAACUGCGGGUGUAACUGUUCGUGCAUGUAGACCAGAGGAUCAUAUAUUCAUCCUGAUGCAAUUGUUACGUUUACCCUCAUCAUUGAUCAAAUUGUUUGUCUGUUUAUUACAACCACCAGAUCCAACGAUUGCAUGGGAAAGAACAAAAAAUCUCGUUGAAUUUCUCUAUCAACCAGAAGUUGAGCUGAUAUUAACUCUAUUUGCGAUAUGUUUACGACCAGUACGGGAACGGGAACGUUUUGUCACUUCAAUCAACAACAGCAACAACUCAUCAAGCAAACAGAUGAAUUCAGAUUCGAGCAAAGAGGAGACACCAUGGACUACAGUUGAUUCAGCCGGUGAAAGUGAUACUGAGGAUAAAAUAGAUUUUAGUCAUAAACAGAAAAAGACAUCAAUGAGUAAACUGCUUGAAAUACUACCGCCUACAUCAUCCUACAGUCAAGAUGAUUCAUGCGCUUAUUAUUUAAAUCCUGAUGAUUUAAACUGUUUACUUGGACAGUUAAGACUUGAACGACUUUUACAACUUUUAGCUUAUGAUUAUUACACUGCAGGAGACAGUGGCUCACCGUCCAGUGCUUGUGAAAAAAUCUAUGCAGAUUAUAUUCCAGCACCGACUGCACAAACACAUUUAGGUGCAUGGCGUGCUCUAGCUAAACGAUUGGCACGUUUAAUCAGGUUAUUACUCACUGCUGUUGGAUUUCGUAUACAACGUAGAUUAUAA